AUGCACGGAGAUAUAAUCAUGAGGGAGUUCCGCUCUGGCUCGAGCAGAGUAUUGAUCACCACUGACCUGCUGGCCAGAGGCAUUGAUGUACAGCAGGUUUCUCUAGUCAUCAACUAUGACCUUCCCACCAACAGGGAAAACUAUAUCCACAGAAUCGGUCGUGGUGGACGUUUUGGCCGUAAGGGUGUGGCUAUUAACAUGGUGACAGAAGAAGACAAGAGGACUCUUCGAGACAUCGAGACCUUCUACAACACCUCCAUUGAGGAGAUGCCCCUCAAUGUUGCUGACCUCAUCUGA